AUGCUACCAGAAAAUUAUCUCCUUGCCAGUUCCUUGACUGCAGCCAUCCUCUAUGGCGUCAAAGCUCGUGCGAGUCCAAGCUACUCACGCAUGAUCACCAAAACCCUCGCUGUUUCUCUACUCGCGGUCCUUGUCAAGAUUGUGGAUGGGCCGACAUACCUUUUAGCUGCGCUCAGCUUUGGGGCGCUAGGCGAUGCGUUUCUUGCUUGGGAUUCAGAGCCGGCAUUCCUGGCAGGGCUCGGGAGCUUCUUGACAUCGCAUCUCUGCUAUAUCACACUUUUCUAUCAGACAGGUGCAAAGAGCCUUGUUCUAGAAGAUCAAUCACGAGUCGCUAUCGUUAUAUCAGCUAUCUUAUUGGGGCCCACGAUGUUGGUGCUGUUGAUUCCGAGAGUCGACAGCGACCUUCGUUUACCGAUUCUUCUCUAUACCUGUGCCAUCCUGGGUAUGAUAUUUUCAGCAUUGACGAUCAAGAGCGAUAAAAUCGCACUGGGAGCUGUUGUCUUUACGGUAUCUGAUACGAUCUUGGCCUCUGGCAGAUUUCUUGUUCCAGCAUCAUCCUCACACCAAGUCUGGAUGGACUACGCUGUUUGGAUCCUGUACUACUCGGGACAGUUCAUGUUAGCUAUGGGAACAUGGGAACAAGCUGGAAUACAGUUGGGCACCAGCUGA